GCGAGGGCGUUUGUUUCAUAAACGGGGUUUGUGUUGCUGGGGGAAAGAAGAGGAAAAUUCCUUGGGCGGAGAGUGAGGGUUAUAGACACCUCACCCCCGGCUGGGCUGGGCAGGGGAAGGCUUGCAGUGGUUCCACUGAACGCUGGACACUCCUAAAAGAGAAAGUAAAAUCCGCAGCUGCCUGUUUUAUUUUUCGUUUGUGUUGGCGGGCGUUAAGUCUCUUGUGGCGGUAAUGUCGGUGUUCGAGGCUGUUCUCCCCGGACGGAGAGGCUGCGAUGACCCUGGAGCCGACACUGAAGCUGGGGAGAAGGCUUUUAACAAAAUUGAUGUGAAUCUGGGGUUCUGUCCAUCUAAAACUCUGGAACUGCCUUUAAAUGUGAGGAGUUAAAUUCAACUUGACUGUGUUCACAGAACAAUGGUAAUUCGCACACUACAACAUGUCAGUAUCCGUACUGAUGUACUAGAUCAGCUGACUUGUCAAUAAGGACAAAUUUGUCAACUGUUUGAAACGUGGAACUGUGGAUUUUUUUUUUUGUCAGAUUGGGGGUACUGACGGAAUUGAAAACGGCAGCUCCCAUUUCCUAACUGGCAACGUUGCCUGAAGUUACUCGUGUUUUUGAUGGAGAAGAUGGCACGAGUGACCACAGUCCUGAGUGGCUCAACCAUCACGGGGCGAACUAUGUUCUGCCACCUUGAUGCACCCGCCAACGCCAUUAGUGUAUGUAGGGACGCUGCUCAGGUGGUAGUGGCAGGGCGGAACAUCUUUAAAAUCUACUCCAUAGAAGAGGAGCAGUUUGUGGAAAGGGCGAAUCUCCGGGUUGGGCGCAAGCUGUCCCUGAAUUUCAGCUGUGCUGAUGUGAUGUGGCAUCAGAUGGAUGAUAACUUACUGGCAACGGCGGCCACGAAUGGAGCUGUGGUCACGUGGAAUUUGGGAAAACCGUCUCGCAACAAACAGGAUCAGCUUUUCACCGAGCACAAGCGCACAGUCAAUAAGGUCUGCUUCCACCCCAAUGAGAUUCACAUGCUGCUGAGUGGUUCCCAGGAUGGCUACAUGAAGUGCUUCGAUCUCCGGAAGAGGGAAUCUGUGAGCACCUUCUCUGGUCAGUCAGAAAGUGUCCGGGAUGUCCAGUUCAGUAUAAAAGACUAUUUCACAUUUGCUGCUUCAUUUGAAAAUGGUAAUGUUCAGCUGUGGGACAUAAGACGGCCAGAUAGAUAUGAGCGCAUGUUUACAGCACAUAAUGGACCUGUCUUCUGCUGUGACUGGCACCCAGAUGAUAGAGGAUGGUUAGCAACUGGAGGGCGAGAUAAAAUGGUGAAAGUAUGGGACAUUUCAACAACUAGGACCAAAGAGAUCUAUUGUGUCCAGACUAUUGCCUCAGUCGCACGUGUGAAAUGGCGACCGGAAAUGAAGUACCAUUUGGCCACUUGCUCCAUGAUGGUAGAUCACAACAUUUAUGUCUGGGAUAUCCGACGCCCAUACAUUCCAUUUGGAAUGUUUGAGGAGCACAAGGAUGUGACCACAGGAAUUGUAUGGCGCCAUAUUCACGAUCCUUAUUACCUCCUUUCUGGAUCAAAAGACAGCACUCUGUAUCAGCACAUGUUUAAAGAUGCCAGCCGACCUGUUGAUCGUGCCAAUCCUGAAGGGCUGUGCUAUGGGCUGUUUGGCGACUUGGCUUUUGCUGGAAAAGAUAGCAUGUUUACCAGUGACUCCAAUCGGAAAACCUACGGAGGCGAGAGACGCUAUCCUAUCUUUUUCUUCAAGAAGCCGGAUUUAUCAGAGCAAUUUGCAAAUGUGUCCAGUGCUCUGAAUGUGUUUGAAAUGGAAGGGGGCAGCAACUCCAUGGACUGGUUUGUCAACAUGGCACAACAGUACAUUCUGACUGGUCGGUCGCUGGCUGAGCUCUGUGAUCAUAAUGCUAAAAUCGCUAAAGAAUUAUAUCGUUACCAGGUGGCUCAGACAUGGACAAUGCUGAGGAUCGUCUACUCCAACCCAGGUGCUAUUUCAUCAGUCAACUUGAAUCAAAGUAUAGGCAAGAGCGGGGGCUUGCCCCUUAUGAACAGUCUUAAGGAGCUAUCUGUAGCACUUAACAAUGAGACGAGGUUGGAGCGAAGCAAGGCUGAAAAUCGACAAGAGAUUAAUCACUUAGAUUCCUCAAACCCUUUGAUUACUGCAAAUGAAGAGAAUGAGGAAACAGAAGGUAGUGAUGUGCCGACUGACUACUUGUUUGGCGAUGUGGAAGGAGAUGAAGAUGACCUCUACAUGGUGGACCACGAAAAUGCUCCUGCAGAGGAACAUGAAUACAUUUUGCCUCAGGAAGCAUUUCAACUGCGUCAUGAAAUUAUAGAUAAUCCUUCAGCCCCAGACCAUCUCCAGGACAAAAUGGAAUCUCCACAUGUCAGUGGCAAUGAAGCAGAGACUGUAUGUUUGACCCCAAUUGAAUCCUUUUCCCUCAUGUCAAUCUCCCAGCCCCUGUAUGAUGCCUAUCUGCCUGCUGAUUAUUUUAAUUCCCUUGUGAAAGACAUGUUACAUUACUAUGCAGAGCAGGGAGAUGUGCAGAUGGCUGUAUCCGUUCUCAUUGUACUUGGGGACCGUAUACGGAAAGAAAUUGAUGAACAGACACAGGAACACUGGUACACAUCAUAUAUUGACCUGCUGCAGCGCUUCAAACUAUGGAAUGUCUCAAAUGAGGUGAUCAAAUUGAGCACAUGCAGCUCCAUCAACUGUUUAAACCAGGCAUCAACCAGCCUUCACAUCAACUGCAGCAACUGUAAACGACCAAUGAGCAGCAAAGGCUGGAUCUGUGAUAGAUGCCGCCAGUGUGCUAGCAUGUGUGCUGUGUGUCACCAAGUUGUUAAAGGGCUGUUUGUUUGGUGCCAAGGAUGUAGCCAUGGUGGGCACUUACAACACAUCAUGAACUGGUUAAGGACUAGUUCACAUUGCCCAGCUGGAUGUGGCCACCUCUGUGAAUAUACCUGAAAAUCUCAACAUGGCAUCCAGUGAGCAGUGACUGGAUUUGUAAUUGUCCACUGCUUGUGGGUAGUGCUGCAACUUCCCAAAAUUUUAAAAUGUAUGCUUUAGAUACAAAAAUGGGUUAAGUUUGGGUACAAUGAAAAUCAACUGAUCCACCAUUUAAAAAUUGAUGUGUUAACUGAAGUGAAUAGCUGUGGAGUUUUAUUUUCCUGUUACAGUUUUGUCCGCCAUUGCCACCUCGUUUUUUGAAGUGGUAUCAGCAAGAAAGACUUUGUGAAUGCAGCUUAUUGAAGCAUGCACGGGUGGCUUGCUUUCCAGUCACUGAUAAUACUAUACGGAAAUGUGCCUCAAAGCAACACGAAUGCAGAAAGCUGCUUUAUAAAGCAACUGGAACAGAUCCCACAUUGAGUGGGUGUGAUAAUUUAUCAUAAGACAACAGGCGGAGCAUUCUGUACUCUGACUAACCACAGGCCCAAUCAUCAGGAGUGCUUAUCUGCACACAGCUUAAGUUAUAGUAAAGCUCAAGAAAAACACUCCAUUUGGUUAAACUUACUUGGAUAGUCAAUAUCACUUAAAAUGCUGAAAGAAUAACUCCAGAAGUGGGUCAUUCAGUGCCUUCUGUAUGCUGUGUAUCUUGUGCAUAAAAUCAUUCUACCAAGUCUAAAUAAAAUUACAAAAUGUAAAGGUUCAAACAUUUUGGGUAAGGGGACCAGAGCAGGUUGAGAACCUAAGAAUCCCCUCCAAUUCAGUGAGAUUGUCAGCAGUGGGUCUGACGGAAGCUGCUUGCAAGCACAAUGCUGUUAAGAAUGCUGUGAUCUUGAGUUAUUAGACAUUGUAAGGAAUUAGCAAAGAAUGCACCAAACUGAUGGUUAUAAAGCACCCAUCAGCUAAUUCUUUUAAAAAAAAAUUUACAAUUCCCCACUGUGGGAACCUCAAAGUAAUGUCCUAGACAUGAGGUCAACAAGCAGUUUCAAUUCAGCCAUAUUCUAGCAACGUCAAUUGAGACAUUUCCUAUUUCCAACUCACUGCCUCAUUAUUCCAUUUUUCAGGUUAUAUGCUGCCUACUCACCAAAUGUCACAUUUUUGUUCAUCUGCAAUUGCACUAGGAUGAAAUGGAAUUUUGAAAAGAGGAAACCCAUUUCUUGGCCAUAAUCUUGAGCAAAGAAGCAGUCUAGCCUCAUUUACAUAGGUAUUUCAAUGGUUUUCCAUUGGAUUUUAAAUUUUGUUGAGUACUUAGUGGAACAUUGCUGUGUCUUUGAGUUACAUUCCAUAUGUAAAGAAAACCUCGAUCCACAGCUGGAUGUACAAUUUUUGAUAAAUUGUAAUAAAGACUUUAACACGAAAUUAAAGUUAAAUGAACUCUCCUGCAUGUUAUUGGAGGUUGAAACUGUAAGAGACUGAAGGUUGUCAGAAAAUUAAUUUAGUCAUCUUAUACUUGUAUUAUAAAUAUCUAUUUGUUAUAUUUAAGAUGAGUACUUUUAAAAAUAUAAUAGUUUAUUUUACAUUGAAUCCUGCUAGAAGUAACUAGUGUACUCCUGCAAAAAUGCUGUAAAAUAAACCUCGGUUGCAAUAGUUUUUCUCAUUAUUUAAUUCAUUCUUCAGCCCAGUGCACACGAUUUUCCUCUAAUAUAUAUUGUAAUGUAUUUAAUAACAUAACCCUCUUAGGUUGGUGUAAAUAAAGCUAUUCAAUAAUG